CCUAUAUUGGUUACCAUGUGCUCUCCCGCACAGGAUUCCUCCUCCUCCCAGUCAUCUCCCUCACUCGUUGAAGAAAAAACCCUUCUUCUUAUCUUCGUCUUCAAUUCGGAUAACCCAAAAAUCCCUAAAAAAAAAAUGUCUGCAACUCUAACUUCCUCAUCCCUUCUUCAAAUUCCUCCAUUGCAGAGGCUGAAGAAGCUCUCAAUUUCCACCUCUUUCCUCCAUGGCUCAAGUCCUCUCCCGUUCCACUCCAAGCCCUCGCCAUCGGCCUUCCAAACCCCCAAUUUCCUCCCCUCAAUUAGGGCCAUGAGGUCCCUGCAAGGUCGUGUGGUCUGCGCCACCAACGACAAAACCGUCGCCGUGGAGGUCGUCCGAUUAGCGCCUCAUCCGAAAUACAAGCGCCGUAUCAGAAUCAAGAAGAAGUACCAGGCGCACGAUCCGGAUAACCAGUUCAAGGUCGGAGACUUUGUGGAGCUUGAAAAAUGCCGUCCGAUCAGCAAGAUGAAGACGUUCCUGGCUAUUCCGGUUCCGGAGAGGAGUUCGAAGAAGAAAGCGGCGGAAGACGGUGAUGGAGAGCUCGGAAUUCCAUUGGAGUCUCAGCAAGAACAGGUUUAAGCGUAAUGGGUUGGUUUGGUGGAUCUGAUGUUUGUGGUUGAUCCAAAUUUUAGAAUCUUUUUUUCGAAUUCUUUUUCGAGUUGUUCAUCUCUGCCAUUGAUGGCUUCUGAAUUUGGUAACAGAAUUGGUGAUGAUUUAGUGUUGUUGCUCUUCAAAUUUCUGGAUUA